GGUGACGCCAACUCUCUUCCAUUUUCCUACGCCUCUGGUUGUCAAGAAGAUGGCAGCUUCCAGGCAGGCAUGAGAGGAAAUACUUCUUCAAAAAUCGAAUGAAUUUGGAUUAUUGCCGGAAGAUACGACCACAUACCAGUGUUUUUGCAAUUACUGCAUCGAAAUAAAAAUCAUGUCUGCCCCUGGUUCCGCGGUGUCUGGGACCAUGGCGUCGGUUCUGCAGCCGCGAUGGAAACGGGUUCUGGGGUGGUCCGGUCCCGUUCCCCGGCCCAGGCAUGGACAUAGAGCUGUAGCUAUAAAGGAGCUUAUGGUUGUCUUUGGCGGUGGAAACGAAGGGAUUGUGGACGAAUUACAUGUAUACAACACUGCAACCAACCAGUGGUUUAUCCCAGCAGUCCGUGGUGAUAUUCCCCCUGGUUGUGCUGCAUAUGGUUUUGUCUGUGAUGGCACAAGAUUGCUGGUGUUUGGUGGCAUGGUGGAGUAUGGAAAGUACAGCAACGAUCUCUAUGAACUACAGGCCAGCAGAUGGGAAUGGAAAAAGUUGAAAGCAAAAAACCCGAAGAAUGGCCCCCCUCCUUGUCCUCGUCUUGGCCACAGUUUUUCCCUGGUUGGCAACAAAUGCUACCUGUUUGGUGGACUAGCCAAUGACAGCGAGGACCCAAAAAACAACAUUCCCAGAUACCUAAAUGAUCUGUACACACUUGAGCUCCGUGCAGGUUCCAGUGUGGUUGGGUGGGAUAUUCCAAUUACAUAUGGAGUUCUGCCUCCUCCCCGUGAGAGUCACACUGCUGUGGUAUACACAGAAAAGACGAGCAGGAAAUCUCGCCUCAUAAUCUAUGGAGGGAUGAGUGGUUGCCGCCUUGGAGAUCUGUGGACACUUGAUAUUGAUACCCUGACAUGGAACAAACCAUCAGUAAGUGGGACAGCACCGCUCCCCAGAAGUCUGCACUCUGCCACUACCAUCACAAACAAGAUGUAUGUUUUUGGAGGAUGGGUUCCAUUGGUAAUGGAUGACGUCAAAGUGGCCACACACGAGAAGGAGUGGAAGUGCACAAACACUCUUGCCUGCUUAAAUCUAGACUCCAUGUGUUGGGAGACAGUAUUGAUGGAUACUCUUGAAGACAACAUCCCCAGGGCCCGUGCUGGCCACUGUGCUGUAGCCAUCAAUUCCAGACUCUAUGUUUGGAGUGGCCGUGACGGUUAUCGUAAAGCUUGGAACAACCAAGUCUGUUGUAAAGACCUCUGGUACCUCGAAACAGAGCGUCCACACGCCCCUGCUAGGGUGCAGUUAGUCCGUGCCAACACAAACUCUCUUGAGGUGAGCUGGGGUGCUGUCUCAACUGCUGACACGUACUUACUACAGCUGCAGAAAUAUGACAUCCCUGCAACCCCAGCCUCGCCAGCCAUGAGUGCCACCCCUGUGCAGCCUGUGAAUUCUCCAAAGAGCCCCUCACCGGCUGUUGCAGCACUCUCUGCUCAGAGCCUACCCCAGACAGGUAUUGCAAUAGUGACCAAUGAUUCUUUCUUUCCAACUCUACCGUGUCCAUUGUCGUCACUACACCAGGAACAACUGCAAAAACCCUGCACACAAAGUCUCAUCUGUUCCCUUUUUGUUACAGCGAUCUUGAAAGUUGCAGCUCAACAGUCUGCCACGGGCACAUCUGUUGUCACAGUCCGCCCCAGCCAGCCUGGGAAAUCCCCUGUCACUGUGACAUCCCUUCCGCCAGGUGUCCGAAUGGUAGUGCCUGCCCAGACUACUCAAGGAUCGCCAAUUGGAAGCAGCCCUCAAAUGAGUGGCAUGGCAGCUUUAGCUGCAGCAGCUGCCGCAACACAGAAGAUCCCGCCCUCUGCGGGCACUGUUCUCAAUGUUCCUGCAGGCGCCACCAUUCUCAAAACAGUAGCCGUUUCACCUGGCACAACCACAAUGAAAAUGGCUUCUCCAGUCAUGGUCAGUAACCCAGCCACCCGGAUGCUGAAAACUGCUGCAGCCCAGGUGGGCACAGCAACUGCGUCCUCUCCCACCAACACCAGACCCAUCAUCACUGUGCACAAGUCUGGUGCAGUCACAGUGGCCCAGCAGGCCCAAGUGGUAACCACUGUGGUAGGAGGAGUCACCAAGACAAUUACCCUGGUCAAGAGUCCUCUCACCAUGGGAAGCAGUGGCACUCUGAUCUCCAACCUUGGCAAGAUGAUGUCUGUGGUACAAACCAAGCCAGUGCAGACAUCAGCUAUCACAGGCCAGGCUUCCACUAACCCUCUCACACAGAUCAUACAGACAAAGGGUCCCCUCCCAGCCGGCACCAUCCUGAAACUAGUGACCUCCGCAGAUGGCAAGCCCACAACCAUCAUCACCACUUCCCAGGCAGGAGGCACAGGAAACAAGCCCACUAUACUGAACAUCAGCGGUGUCUCUCCCUCCACCACUAAGCAGGGCACCACCAUCAUUAAGACCAUCCCCAUGUCGGCCAUCAUGACCCAGCCUGGAGCCACAGGUGUGACAAGCAGUGCAGGCAUGAAAACGCCUAUCACAAUCCUUACCACAAAGGUGAUGACCACUGGAACUCCUGGUAAAAUCAUCACUGCAGUGCCCAAGCUCGGCACUGCCGCUGGCCAACAGGGACUGACACAGGUGGUUUUGAAGGGUGCUCCUGGGCAACCUGGCACUAUUUUGCGCACUGUGCCUAUGAGCACAGUUGGCGGUGUUCGACUUGUUACACCAGUGACAGUGUCUGCUGUUAAGCCCACUGUUACCACUCUGGUUGUCAAGGGGACUACUGGUGUUACCACACUUGGGACUGUCACUGGUACAGUCUCCUCAAGCCUGGGAGGAGGCACGGUGGACAGUUCCAACGCCUCUCUGGUCACCCCCAUCACCACACUGGGAACCAUCGCUACCCUGUCUAGUCAGGUCAUUAGCCCAUCUGCCAUAACUGUGUCAACUGCUCAAACCAGCCUGACUUCUGCCUCCACGUUGCCCUCCUCUACCAUGACCGUACAAAACCAGCCCACCCAGGUUACUCUGAUCACAACUCCCAGUGGUGUAGAAGCUCAGCCAGUGCAGGAUUUACCAGUGUCCAUCCUGGCUUCACCAACCUCUGAGCAGCCCAGCUCCACUGAGGCUGGAUCAGCUGGAGAGGGUUCUGGGACUGUCACCCUGGUCUGUUCUAACCCGCCCUGCGAGACCCACGAGACAGGAACCACCAACACAGCCACCACCUCCUCUGCUGCAAUUGGAGCAGGACAGGUGUGCUCCAACCCGCCAUGUGAAACACAUGAAACGGGGACAACCAACACAGCAACAACUGCAUCAUCAAACAUGUCUGCGCCGCGCAUGUGCUCCAACCCACCAUGCGAGACCCAUGAAACUGGGACAACUAACACAGCUACCACAGCAUCGGCUAACAUGGGAAGCGACCAGGCCAGCACAGCGACGGACCAGGUCAAGACAGUUUGCUCCAACCCACCCUAUGAGACCCACGAGACAGGGACCACCAACACAGCCACCCAGUUGUCAUCUAACAUGAAUGCAGGCCAGACGAGCACCGUGCAGAGGUUGUGCUCCAACCCACCCUGCGAAACACACGAAACUGGGACAACCAACACCCAGUCCACAGCCUCAUCCAACAUGGGAAGCGACCGGACCAGCACAGCAACAGGCCAGGUCCAGACGGUUUGCUCCAACCCACCCUGUGAAACACAUGAAACUGGGACCACCAACACCCAGUCUACAGCCUCAUCCAGCAUGGGAAGCGACCAGACCAGCACAGCAACAGGCCAGGUCCAGACGGCUUGCUCCAACCCACCCUGUGAAACACACGAAACUGGGACCACCAACACAGCUACCACUGCCACCUGCAGCAUGGAGACAGGCGAAGGCACAGCAGCCCAGCAGACAGAGGAGGGAGCUGAAGGUACUAGCAGCACAGAAGUGGCCUCUACUGCAGCAACGGGCACAGUUACCACCCCCCAGGGCAGGGCCAUCACUACUGUCACUCAGUCCACACCAGCCCCUGGGCCAUCUGUACCUUCGAUCUCAUCAAUCACAGAAGGUGUGAGUCCCAGCUCCACAGAGGAACCUAUGCAAACUGAUGAGACGGCAUCAGCGGAAGCUGCACCUGCAGUGGAGGGAGCCACCGCUAUGCAGACACAAGUGGAGGGAGAAGCAGCUACAGCAUUGAAUCUUCCCUCGGAGCUGAUGUCUGAGGGUCAGGGCGCCACACUUAUGGUGACAGGGCUGUCGGAUGAGGAGUUGGCUGUGACUGCAGCGGCAGAAGCCGCUGCUCAGGCAGCAGCCACUGAAGAAGCCCAGGCCCUUGCUAUCCAGGCUGUCCUCCAGGCAGCUCAGCAAGCUGUUAUGCAUGAGGGCAAUUCCACUGGAGAGAGCCAGCAAACCACCAACAUCCCCAUCAUGUUGACCCAACAGGAGCUUGCAGCAUUGGUCCAACAGCAGCAGCAGCUGCAGGAGGCUCAGGCUGCUGCACAGCAGGCCGCCAUGGACACAAGCUUGCCUACUGAAGGCCUCGCCCCUGCUGACAGCCUCAACGACCCCUCUGUCGAGAGCAACGGACACAAUGAGAUGGCUGCCGCUGUCACCAGUGCUGUGGCAUCACUGCUGCCACGUACUACUGCUGAGACACUUGCUCCAUCAAGCACAUUUGCACCCUCUGUUUCAGUGGCAAGUCCAGCCAAACUGCAAGCAGCCGCUGCUCUAGCAGAGGUGGCCAAUGGGAUCGAGGGAGAAAAGCAAGCCCCUCAGCCAACCCCCGUGAAGCCUGUUGUAAAAAAAGAGAAUCAGUGGUUUGAUGUUGGAAUUGUUAAAGUGACAAAUAUGGUUGUCACCCACUUCUAUAUGCCAGGAGAUGAUUCUCACGGAGAUGAUGACUCUGGCAUCAUGCCAGACUACGGCCAGAUGAAGAAAAUGGAGCUGCAGCCUGGAACAGCUUACAAGUUCCGUGUUGCUGGAAUCAACGCUUGUGGUCGUGGAUCUUUCUCCGAGAUAUCUGCUUUCAAAACCUGCCUGCCAGGCUUCCCAGGGGCACCUUGCGCCAUCAAAAUCAGCAAGAGCCCAGAUGGUGCCCACCUGACCUGGGAGCCACCCUCGGUGACGUCCGGGAAGAUCAUUGAGUACUCUGUGUACUUGGCCAUCCAGAGCAACCAGACAGCUGAAGCCAAGGCCUCCACCCCAGCACAGCUAGCCUUCAUGCGGGUGUACUGUGGACCCAACCCCUCUUGCUUGGUGCAGUCGUCCAGCCUCUCUAACGCUCACAUUGACUACACCACCAAGCCAGCCAUCAUCUUCCGCAUCGCCGCCCGCAAUGAGAAGGGCUAUGGUCCCGCCACCCAAGUUCGAUGGCUGCAAGAAUCUGGCAAAGAUGCCGCCUCUGCAAAACCAGCCCCCAAAAGACCAGGCACCUCUCCUGAUACUAAGGCUACUGGUCCAAAGAAAGCAAGGACGGACCAGUGAGGUUGCCCAGAGACCCCUCCCAGUCUUUUGUCCUUUUUCCACUCGCUGUCCUUUUAUCAGGAAGACUGACCUUCAUCCCUCCUCAUCCUAAUCUCAUCCUCCACCCUCAAGUCUCAGCAAGACAGCAAUGGAACCGUAUGAAGCCGAGAUGAAAGUCAAUCUGAGAGAUUUUUCUGUAGAUAAAAACCCUCCUUCCUCCUCGUUCUGUUGGUUGUACUAUUUUUAGAGCAACACAAACUUAGAAGCACAUUAUCUUUAUCAGUCACAUCCCUUUCCAUCGUUUAACAGCUAUUUUUCGCUUGUUUCAGUAGUUGAGCAGUAUAGAGAAGCAUUUACAUCUUUCACAAACUGGGAGACUGAGCGCAAUGUUACCUUUUUUUUUUUUUUCCUUUGUUUUGUGAAUCCUGGGGGGGAUGUAGAGAGAGACUACACACAAUGAUGUACAGUGUUGAAAAAGGCUGGGGAGGCAUUAGUUUAGAUGAGAGGAAAAAUCGGUAUGGAUACAAAUAAAGCACUUGUCCUCAACGACAGAGGACAGAAUUUUGUCCCUUUUUUUUGUUUUUUGCUCAUAAACAAAUUUGCUUCAUCGAGAACUGAGUCUGUAUUCAUCAUACAGGACUCAAGUCUCUUGGUAAUGUCAUUACUGUGCGCUUUUUACCCCAAGAUGAGGACUGGUGGCCGACACUUCAAAGUGGACAACAAGAAUGACAAAGAGACUUGUAGAGAAUGAAUGACAGACUUUGCUAGGGCUGAGACUUGCAGCACACA